AUGCUUCCAACAGUGGACCUCAAGACAGCACAACACACCGAGCAGCAGCUCCAGCCGCCCAAGGAGCAGCACUACAAGAACUGGCCAAACGCCGGAGCUUUCAACGCUCUCGGUGACACCAGAACCAAAGUCGACCUUUCAACCUCUGGCAUCUUCCCCAGCUACGUCGCCGGGACCCUGUAUCGCACUGGACCCGGAGGCUACAAAGUGCCACGCAGCAACCCUAAAGAUGGAUUCAUGGCUUGCCAUCACUGGUUCGAUGGAUUUUUCACGACGCACAAAUUCGACCUCAUCUCGAAUGCAAAUGGUGCGUGUGACGUAACUUACAUGUCGUACUGUCAUGUCGAUGAGUCGAUUGAAAGCGCGAGGAAGACGGGAAAGCUGGAGGGUGUAACGUUUGCUCAGAAGAGAGAUCCUUGUGACACAUUCUACAAGAAGCUCAAGACCGUCUUCGAACCCGUCAUUCCCGGCCGCACUCACCGCGCUGCGAGUGGCGUUGCGAUUCGGGACAUUCUCCCCGCCGAAGCUGGAGAAGUGAGGAAGCAGCUCGGAAGGGAUUUUUCGCCAAACAACGUCCUCAAUUUGACCACCGACCACUCGGCGGUGAAGACGAUUGACGCCGAUACUUUGGAACCUCUGGGUGUAACCCGACAAGAGCAUCUUCACCCUUCGCUUGCAGGACAGCUUUCCGCCGCGCACGCCGAACACGAUCCCAUCACGGGUGAGGUCUUCAACUACAACCUCGCAAUGGGCCGGAAAGACGUCUACCGCGUCUUCUGUGCAGACCCUGCCACGGGCAAGGUCGACAUUCUGGCAGAGCUAUCAGGCCCAGACUUCAAGGCGGCGUACAUCCACUCCAUGUUCUUGACCAAGAACUUUGUCAUCCUGUGUAUCUGGCCUGCUUACCUGAAAGGAAUCAAGGUCCUCUGGGAGAAAAAUCUGAUGGACGCCAUGAGUUUCGAUCCAGCUGCGAAGGCGACCUGGUGUGCCAUUGAUCGCCACCACGGUCGGGGAUUGGUCAAGAAGUUCCAGUCGCCUGCUUUCUUCUCCUUCCAUUCCACCAACGCCUUCGAGGAAGUCGUCUCCAACUCAUCGACCAACGGCGACGCUGAAGUCGACAUCAUCUGCGAACUGGUCACCUUCGAAAACGCCGACAUUCUACGCAACUUCUACUACGACAACCUCGUCUCCAACGCUCCCCACGUUACCAAAUUCCUCAAAACCGCCAAAAUCGACGCCACGCUCGCCCGCUACAAACUCGCCGCCGUCCCUCUCACCGCCAAAGUCCCAUCCACCGCCAGCAAAACCUCCCACCCCGCCGAACGAACUCUCGCAAUCGACGUCUCCCGAGCAGGCGAUCUUCCCGUCACGAACCCCCGUUACGCCAUGCAACCUCAUCGAUACGUCUGGUCGAUUCUCAACCGCGGAAAAUCCUCUUUCGUCGACGGGUUGGUGAAGACGGAUACUCUGACGGGAGAAGCCAAAGUGUGGGAACAAGACAAGCAUAGUCCUGGCGAGCCGAUUUUCGUUCCCAGACCGAGUACGGUAGAAGAGGAGGACGGUGCGCUUUUGAGUGUGGUGUUCGAUGGGGAGACUGGAUCGAGUUAUUUGUUGUGUUUGGAUGCGAGGACGAUGGAGGAGGUGGCGAGGGCGGAGGUUGGGAGGGCUGUGGGGUUUGGGAUUCAUGGGAGGCAUGUGCCGACUAGGUUGUGA